AUGAAGUUCAUCAUUCCCGUGGCCUUUGCCCUUUUCGGCGCCGCCCUUGCCGCGCCGGUCGAGGCCGACGUGGUCAGCCGCUCGCCCAAGGGCGACAUCCUCUACAACAACGCUGCCGGCUGGGGAAAACGCUCCGAAGAGCUCGACGCGGCCAAGCGCGCCCCAAAGGGCGAUAUUCUGUACAACAACGCGGCCGGUUGGGGAAAGCGCUCUGAGGAAACCAAUGAAGCCAAGCGCUCGCCCAAGGGUGACAUUCUCUACAACAAUGCCGCAGGCUGGGGAAAGCGGUCCGAGGAGACUGAUGCAGCCAAGCGCGCUCCCAAGGGCGAUAUCCUGUAUAACAACGCUGCUGGCUGGGGGAAGCGCUCCCCAAAGGGCGACAUUCUUUACAACAACGCUGCCGGUUGGGGAAAGCGCUCGGAAGGUGCCGAGGACGCGGCCUAA